CCACCGCCAGCGCCACGCUCAUCGUCUACUUUCAAUCAGUCCCACCGCCGCCACCAUGGCCGCACCCCAGCCUCCGCUGACGCCGACGAAGUUUCUGGGGGACGACGGGUUCCCCGACGACCUCGUGCUCUUGAUCCUCGGCCGCAUCCCGUGCAAGGACGACCGCGGCAACAUGUCCCUCGUCUGCAAGGCGUGGCACGACAGUAUCGACCGCCUCAUCAAGACCAAGCCCGUGCCGCCCACGCCUCCGACGCUGCCGUGGCUCGUCCUCCCCGCGCCGAACUCUGACGGCUCGUUCCGCUUCGUCUGCAUCCUGAGCGGCAGCCGCGCCCACCACGAGCACCGCUUCUCCUCCAACAUCCCGCUCGGGGCGCGCUGUUUCGGAUCCUACGACGGCGGCUGGCUGUUCCUCGCCUUCCGCGACCGGCACGACUACCAGCUCCUGGACAUCCGCAGCGGCGACAUCCACUCCGUCCCCGGCAAGAUGCUGAUUCCAGAUCAUCCGCAGCACCGCCACCCAAUCAGGAUGAUCAUCGAGUCCGCCACGCUGUCAGCCUCACCAGAUGAAGAGAACUGCGCCGCCGUCUUCGUCGUUAGAGCCCCGGUGCCCCCGAACUAUCGCUACCUUGCCACCUGGCAGAAGGGUUGGCGAUGUGCGGUGGCAAUCCGGUCACCUGACGGAUUCUUCAUCCCGGAUGAUGUUCUCUACCAUGACGAAUCAUUCCACGUGCUCCGAGGCGACGCCGACGUGCUCAUGUACAAGCCGGAUUCGGAGGAUUGGGAGAAGCGGCGCUUCUUCCAUCCCGGAGGGCUCGACGAGCAAGCCCGCUCUCAGUACCUGGUCCCGUCCCGCGGCGGACUACUACUGGUGGUGAGGUUCUCCCCAAGUCCUGAUCAGCCGACGUCCAUGUUCAAGGUGUUCCGGGCGACGACACGGCCGCAGACGCCUGACGACGCCGACUUCCCCGUGGCGGAGUUCCCCUGGGCGUGGAGCGAGAUGGACACGCUGGAUGGCCGGAUUCUGUUCGUCGGGUAUGGCUGCUCCAGAUCGUACGACGCGGAUCAGUACCCGGGCAUCGAGGCCGGCAUCUACUUCUUCGACGAUGGCGAGUCCAACGACGAGGGAGUCUUCUUCCGUGACCACAAUGUGACGCCGUACCCCUGCAGCGACAAUGGGAAGUAUUCCGGAGGCCAUGUGCAGAGCUGCUUCCCGACGACAGACCCAUCAGACUACUCUCCACCGGCUUGGCUUCUCCCAUGAGGCGAGUUUGAUUUGUUUGAGAUCGUGUUAGUUGACGUUCUGAGGUCGCUGCUGAUUGCAAUAUUCAGAGUUUGGUAGUCGCUGGUUGCAAUAUUCAGAGUGAGAUAGUUGCUGGUUUCAGUAUUCAGACUGUGAGUAGUUGUCGAAAUCACACGUUGUGCUUCAGUCGCUUAACUGCAUACUGCUUUCCAUUUCUCUGUCUGCUGUGUUGUUUUCUUUUCUUUUCUUUUCUCAAUGCAGAGAAAACAAUGGUUGUUGCUUAUAGAACCUUUCCAUUGUUGUUUUCAGCAAUCGCCCUUGAGUUCAUUACUCUGAGUCUGAGAUCAUGUUAACUGACGUGAUGUGGUAGUUUGUGAUUGUAAUAUUCAGAGUGGUAAAGAUGUUAAAAUCUUUUAGAUGCUGAUUAGUUUAGUCCAAUGCUUUGCAUUGGCGUGGUCAGAACUCUGAUAUGAACAUGGUUGGUGUUA